GGGAGAUAUUGAAGAAACAUGUCAACACGCUGUUGAGCGCAUGAAGAGUUUUCUACAUAGAAUCGCAUUAGAUAAUGUUCUGCUUAAUAGUUUAGAAAAAAAAAAUGAAAUGAAAGACAGACGUGGGAUAAAGCUAGAAAGCUUAAAUUUAAAAUGAAAACGAUUCUUGAAGAAUUAAUGGUCACUAAACUAGAAAUGGAUAACUCAACCAUGACUAUAAACACUUUAGAAGAAAACUUAAAAAUUAUAGAAGAAAAUUUUUUAACUUUUUUUAAAUAACUGUUAAGUUAUUGAAAAAUGCAUUUAUUAUGUUUCCUUGAAAUUUCCCAUGAUUUUUCGGGAGUUUUAUCCUCGUCAAAUGCUAGCGCUACUGCGUCCCAACUCCCAGAAGAGAUAAGUAGAGGGGAUAGUGGUCAAUAAAGAAAUCAAGAUAUCAAGAUGAAUUCGAAGGCUCUGUUUCGGAUGCUUUUCCAUGUUUUUACAACUUUUGUAUAUUUUUGUGCCAUAAUAAGGUAUGAGUAUCUGCCUCCUAUGCCUCAUAAAAAGCCACAGGAUCACUUUGCUGGACGACUCAAAUAUCUCACUUACUGGAAUUUGCUGGUACAGUUUUUGUUUUUCACUCUCUCUUCCAUUAUGGAUUUUAUGAAAACUUCAUCUAGCAGUUACAACAAACUAACUAAGCUACGGGAUAAAUUUUAUGCUGGGAUCGUCUUACCAUAUGGCGUGUUUGUGGUUGCAAUGUUUUGGAUUCUCUAUGGAAUAAACAGAGAACUCAUCUUCCCCAAAGUUCUUGAUCCUGUUUUCCCACCAUGGCUGAAUCAUGUUUCUCACACAGUGAUUUUACCUGUUCUCCUUAUCGAAACAUACAUAAUAAAGCAUCGUCAUCCACGUAGAAGAGAUGGAAUGAAACUGACUGCUGCAUUUGGUCUGUGCUAUGGUAUAUGGACUCUAAUCCUGGGAUUAGGUAUGGAUAUCUGGGUAUAUCCUGUUUUGCAAAUAAUGAAUUGGACAGCAAGAAUUGUAUUCUUUGCGGUCAGCAUUCUUUUUAUGUUUCUGCAGUACCUUGUUGGAGAAAAGAUCAAUUGCUUGUUUUGGGGUGAAGGUAUAGUUCAGAAAAACAAAUGAGCCGUUUUUUUUUAAAUAUCAAAUCAAUGAUUAUAGCUGUAUCAGCUUUCAACGUUACCUCCAUGAAUCAUCAUUCCUAUCGCCAGUAGUUGAUUGAAUAUUAUUUAUUAAAAAACAUAUAUCAUAACCAUUUUAAUACGUUAAUUAACAAAUAUUGUUUCUUUUAACCUCAGGAUAUAGUUUCUAAGUGCAUAUCUUUACUAUAAAGCAAUAGCAAUGUAUGUGUAGACUAACUGAGCAAGAGUUGUGAUUUUUUUUUUAUUGUUUAUUAAUAUCUUUAUUUGUAAUUUUUAUAAGAAAAUGAAAUAAAAUUUGUUAAUUUUUUUAUAAUUCACUUGUUAUCUUGGCGUUUUUUUUCUCUGUGUGUUUUAAACAAAUUAAAUUUUUCUUACAAAAAGCUGAAAGUGAGAAUUUAGAAAGUCUGAAUAUGUCUCCUUAGUUAAUAAUGAGAUGGAAAAGCUUGAUCAGAAUACUGUAAACAAUUUAAACUGUUAAGAAAUUAUGAUGCAUUUAAAACUCUUUAUAAUUGUUUUAAUUCUUCAUAUUAUAAGAAAUAGUAGUAAAAAGAAUCUAAACUGUUUAAAGUGCAUUGCUUUAAAUAACUGUUUUAUUCAUAAUUAUUGAUAACAAUAGCCUUAAUAUGUGGGUAAAAUGAUUUAAAUUUUUUUAAAACAUAUGCAAAUCUGUUUGUAAUAAUUUACUGCUUUGUAUUUGUUAGCCUUACUAUUAACUUUACUUAGGCCUAAACAAAACAAGAUAAAUUUAUCUUGAAAAUUAUGUAUUGUGUACUAUUUAUAAUAAAAUAAAUUAACAAUAAA